UCUCCGGGUCCAUGCUGUAUUUAUUCCCUCAGUGUGUUGACAUGCUGCAGGAUCAGGAGAUAAAAGUCCAGUUAUUCGUGUAAACUCUUUAUAAUCAUAAAUACAUUAUUGUUGACGGUCACGGCAAUGCCUCAGGAUCUACAGGUUCUCCCCCCGGAGCACUCAGACAUCGGGACUCAGCGAUGUCGUCUCGGCCCGACAGUGAUGGAGGAUCUUAAGCUGCGUCUCGGCUCUCCCGUGCUGGUGACGCUGCCGGGUGGUGCUUCCUGUCUCUGUACAGCGUGGCCACGUCCGGACCUGGCCGAUGCCUACCUGCAGCUGGAUACCACCUGCUCUUCUCCAGAGCUCGACCCCAAAGCUCUCCGUGGACUCCGCAUUGGGGUGGAGCGGCUCAGGGCUCUGAGCUGUCCGUGUGUGAAGCGUCUGUGUGUGACUGCACUGGUGCAGAGUGACGAGUACAAACAAAGGACAUCUGCGCAGGUGGUCAGAGCCCUGGCUGCGGAGCUGCUUAUGGGGUUGUAUGUCCACAACAAGCACUUGGUGAACAUCUCACAUACAGGAACCCCAGUUCAGUUCCUGCAGGUGGACAGCUUGAACUCGGGGUCUCUUAAAGCGGGACGUGUGACGUCUGAGACUUGUCUGGAGCUGGUGUCGGUUCGUACGGUAGAAACACACCGGCGCUGGGCACGUGAGAGGUAUGCUGCGGAUUUGGGGGGACUGGAGGAGAUUCAAGCCUCGCUGAAGGAGAUGCUGACGCUCCCACUGCGUUAUCCAAUCAGCACACAGCAUGUGGGCGUGGCAGGGGGGCGUAGCGCAUUGCUGGUCGGGCCUCCAGGCGUGGGGAAGACACAGCUGGUGCGCAGUGUGGUGCGGGACGUGCAGGCAGCACUGGUGAUGGUGAGUGGACCAGUGGUGGUGGGGUCACGACCUGGAGAGAGCGAAGAGAAUCUGCGUGCCGCGUUUACUCAAGCCUCAGAAGCAGCCAGAGAUGAACCCUGUGUGCUCUUCAUAGACGAGAUCGACGCUCUGUGUCCGAAACGGAGCUUCAGCACCGGAGCCCCGGAGAACCGACUCGUCGCGCAGCUCCUCACCCUCAUGGAUGGAAUCUGCAGCAAUGAAGGUUUUGUCAUCAUCGGAGCCACCAACCGGCCAGACGCCCUGGACCCGGCGCUCAGGAGACCCGGCCGCUUCGACAGAGAGAUAGUUGUAGGUGUUCCCACCCUGCAGCAGAGGUACCAGGUUCUACAGUGUGUGUGUCGCAGUGUUCCGCUCUCCACCAGUGUAGAUCUAAAAUCCAUCGCUGAGAUGACCAGCGGCUACGUGGGGGCAGAUCUGAGCGCGCUCAGUAGAGAGGCAGCGCUGCAGGCACUACUGCACUCUACACAGGGCGGAGCUGAUUCAGUCCAAUCACGAGGUGAAGAUGGGAAAGUGAGAAUGGAACAUUUCCUGAAAGCUUUGCGAUUGGUUCCUCCGUCCUGCUUGAGGAGCAGUGUGGGCGUGGCCGAGUUUAAACCUGUUACCUGGGAGCAGAUCGGAGGACUGGAGGAAGUAAAGCUCAAACUCAGACAGAGUGUGGAGUGGCCAAUGAAGUUCCCUGAGGCAUUUGUGCGUAUGGGUGUGUGUCGUGUGAGGGGUGUGUUACUGUACGGUCCGCCGGGCUGUGCUAAGACCACGCUGGUGAAAGCAGCGGCAUCUUCAUCACACUGCAGCUUCCUCACACUGAGUGGGGCGGAGCUUUACUCCCCCUAUGUAGGGGACUCUGAGAAGGCACUUGCUCAGCUGUUCCGUCAGGCACGGGCGUGUUCUCCCUCCAUCGUGUUUCUGGACGAGAUUGACAGCUUGGUGGGAUGUCGUGACAACGGAGGCGGUUGCCGUGGCAGCAGUGUGCAGGCUCAGGUGUUGUCUGUCCUGCUGAAUGAGUUAGACGGUGUAGGCUUCAAAACCACUGAGAGACGAGAGACAGGACAGAGUGAGAGGGAUAAUAAGAGAACAUGCCGAGACCAACAGAUGCAGCUACAGGAAGUAUGUAAUCAGGACGUCAUGAUUGUUGCUGCCACUAACAGGCCGGACAUGUUGGACAGCGCUCUGCUCCGCCCGGGCCGAUUUGACCACAUCAUAUACGUCCCCCCACCUGACCUACAGGCUCGUCUGAACAUCCUGCAGCUACACACAGAGAAAAUGCCGCUGAACUCUGAUGUGUGUUUGGAGGAUCUGGCAACUCAGACAAACCUGUUCUCUGGAGCGGAUCUGGAAAACCUCUGCAAGGAGGCGGCUCUGUUAGCCCUUCAUGAAGAAGGUAUGAGUGUGUCAGCGGUGCAACAGAAACACUUCCAGAAGGUUUUACACACUUUUCAGCCAUCUAUCAGCCCACAGCAGAUCCUGCAGCAUCAGCAGCUCUUCAAACACACCUACAGUUAGCAUGUGAUGGUUAGCACUGAGGUUAGCAUACUGUGGCUAAACAGUAUGUGUAUUCAUGCUAAUGCUAAUAAUGCUAAUGCUCAAGAACAUUAUCAACUGUUUUCAAUGUUAAAACUUCUGAUUAAAACAUUUGACUGAA